AUGAGCGGUCAGGGUUACGAGUACAAGAGCUCCGGCACCAACAGCGAGGGCAACCACUACUGCGCGCGUGAUUACGGCAGCAGUGCUUCCAACUCCAACUCCUACCACUACUCUAACACUCGACAUAUCAAGGAAAGGAAGGCUGACCAGCUCAUCUCAAGUGACGGGUCCUACUACUACUCCAACCCCAACGGCAGCACCUACUACAACGAUGGCAACGGCGGUUCCACCUACACCUCUUCUAGCGGCGAGAGAAGCUCAUCCGGCUAUGGCGGUGGAAGCUCCAGUAGCUCUGGCAAGAAGUGA